UCUGCAGGUUAUGCUCCGGUCACAGGGAUGUGUCACCUGCAUCGGAGCUGCGUCCUCGUCAUUGAGGAUGGUUUCUCCUCAGCCUUUGUAGCGGCUCAUGAAACAGGACACGUGUUAGGGAUGGAGCAUGAUGGCGAGGCUAACGACUGUGAGGAUGACGUGGAGUUGGGAAGCAUCAUGUCUCCACGAGUUCAGGCCACCUUUCAUCGAUACCACUGGUCUCGCUGCAGCUGGAGGGAGCUGCACCAGUACCUGCAAACCUAUGACUGUCUCCGUGACGACCCGUUUAACCACGAUUGGCCCGCUCUACCUCAGCUGCCGGGCUUUCAGUACUCCAUGGACCAACAGUGUCGUUUCGACUUCGGACCGGGAUACAGUCUGUGUACUGCAUACACGACCUUGGAGCCCUGUAAGCAGCUGUGGUGCAGUGCGUACAACAACCCGUUCUACUGUAAGACCAAGAAAGGCCCGCCGCUCGAUGGGACCAAGUGUGGACCAGGGAGGCACUGCUUUAAAGGUUAUUGCAUGAGGCUGACCCCCGACAUGCUCAGACAAGAUGGCGGCUGGGGAACAUGGAGUCCAUAUGGCUGUUCCAGGACCUGUGGAGGCGGGGUCAGGUUUCGGACUCGCCGCUGCGAUAACCCAGCUCCAGCCAACGGGGGGCGCACCUGCUUCGGAAACAGUUACGAGUUCCAGCUCUGCAGCCAAGAAGAGUGCCCCCCCCUCACUGACUUCAGGGAGGAUCAGUGUAAAGUCUGGAAUCCAUUUUUUGAACAUGAAGGAAUGAAGCAUCACUGGCUGCCUUAUCAACACCCUGACCCUGACGAGCGCUGCAGUCUGUUCUGUCAGUCCAAGGAGACGGCGGCCGUGGUUUCCAUGAACAGAAUGGUGCAUGAUGGGACGCCGUGUUCCUACAGCGACGCCCACAGCGUGUGCGUGCGAGGAGAGUGUGAGCAUGUGGGCUGUGAUGGACAGAUUGCGUCAGACCAGCAGGUGGACCGAUGUGGAGUCUGUGGAGGAGAUAACUCCAGCUGUAAGAUCAUCAAAGGAAACUUCACCCGCAGCACCAAGAAAGCAGGUUACCUGAAGAUCCUGGAGAUCCCUAAAGGAGCACGUCACCUGCUGAUCCAAGAGUUCAGAGAGACUCCUCACAUCCUGGCUAUGAAGAACCAGGAGACGGGUCACCUCUUCCUGAACGAUGAGGACGAGCUCCCUGACUCUCGAGUGUUGAUUGAGAAAGGUGUAGUUUGGGAGUACAUCAACAACGAGGAGCAGGAGUCCAUCCAGACCACAGGACCACUGAAAUAUGGAGUCCUGCUCAUGGUACGUUCCCAUGACGACUCCAAGGUGACAGUGUCCUAUACGUACAUCAUCCAGGACCGUCUGUGGUCCUCGCUGGAGUCUAACCUGCUGCAGGAAGACGCUAUCUUCUACGAGUGGGCCCUGAAGAAGUGGUCCCACUGCUCCAAACCCUGUGGGGGAGGGAAACAGUAUACACGGUUUGGCUGCAGGAGGAAGGCUGAUGGAAAAAUGGUUCACAGGAUGUUUUGCUCCAACAUCAACAAACCGAGAGCAAUCAGCCGCAACUGCAACAGCAACACCUGCAGCUCGCCACGCUGGGUGACCGGAGAAUGGGAGGACUGCAGCGCCUCCUGUGGUCAGACAGGGUGGCGACGGCGCUGGGUGAGCUGCCAGCAGGUGACCAGCACAGGACAGGAGGAGAAGGAGAAGAAGCAGCAGCGGUCGGUGCACAGCAAACUGUGUGGCGAGGACCGACCAGAAGGCAAACAAACCUGCAACCGUUUCCCCUGCCCCGCUGCAUGGCGAGCUGGGCCCUGGACCCCGUGUUCUGUAUCAUGUGGAAACGGGACUCAGGAGCGUCAGGUUGCAUGUUCGAGUCCUGAGGGUUUAGUCCAAAACUGCAGCGAGCCUCGACCAAUCACAAACCGUUCCUGCCUGGCCCCACCCUGCAGUGGCGACCAGAGGAACUCAAUAAUUCAGUGGUUGUCCAGAUCCAACCCAGACUUCCCAGCUCUAAAGUCCCCUUCCAGGCAGCGUUGCCGUGGUGACCGCUCAGUGUUCUGUCGGAUGGAGGUUUUAAGUCGGUACUGCUCCAUCCCUGGAUACAGGCAGAUGUGCUGCAAGUCCUGCAAUGAGAUAAACUCCAGCAACUCCAGCAACCCUAGUAACUCCAGCAACCCAGAUAACUUCAGCAACGUUAGCACAACAAACCCACCAACCACCAACAUCAGUUCCUGGAGUUUAAUCACAGAGAUGAUGACUGCGUCAACAUCCUCUUGGUCCAACAGCAGCUACAUCAUCAGUGACAUCAUCGGUGACUUCAACAGCACUCCACCUGUUGAUGUCAGUGUAACUCAACCUCCAACCAGCAGGAUCAGCACUGACUUCAUCUAUGUGGACUACAAUGAUUAUGAUGAUUUUUCUGCCUACGAGGAUCCUUAUAUUCCCUCCGACCCAACUGAAAUAAUUUCAGUUAUUACUACAACCACUGCUUCCACUACUACCACUACUACUGCAUCUACUACAAGGCGCCCAAGAAGAACUGCCCCACCACAUUUGUUCAAGAGGAAAACUACCACUCCAAUAUUGCCACAUGCUACAGCUACUGCUGAGAGUACAACGUUGGUGCCUGUCAGGACGACAGAGUUCCCCAUCACAACCACUGAUGACAUCAUAACUACAACAUCAGUACCCAACAAAACAUCAGGGGGGCAAAGCCUUCAAACUAAAGAUUAUCAAACAAAAACGAAUCCAACGCCAAUAUCCUCUUUCAUACCGCUCUCCAAGAAGGAGAACAACUCGGUGGACGAGGUUCCAUACCGGAUUGUGGGAUUGGACGGUGACAUCUCCAGAGGACAGCAGAACCACUUUGUACCACGGAUGCCUCCAUUCCGGGAGCGAACACAAAACAAACGCAUCCAGCAGCUCCUGAAUGAGAGACGACGAAAGGACCUUUUGAGGAGGUCCGACGGGAGCCGAGAGGGCAGGACUGACAGGAAACAGGGAAGAUUGUAAAAACUGGUUUGAAUUUUAUCGUUCACUCACAAUGCCGCAUGUCCAGCUUGCUCACUUCCUGCUAACGCUAAUAAACUCUUCACGAGAAACAGAAACAGACUGUAGAGCUGAAAAAAACUGAAAAACUGAUGAUGAUUUCUUUACUUCUUCCAGAAACCUUUGAAGCUGUUCAGACCAACAGUGAAGCAAGUCUUUAGCCCUUUUCAGAACGCCGUUUCAAGACACAAUAUUUACAUCCCUGUUUCGCAUUCAAUCUAAAUGUCACAGAGGCGUAAUGGGGGGACCAAGUGAUCCCUCCCUUCUGUACACCAAUGUUACACCACCAUGGAAUCAAUAUGAAUGUACGUACAAAGACGCGAUGGCAGCUGAGCUUAGUUAGGAUGCUUUUGCUGAAAGGCAGUCUGAUUCAAGUAUCUUUAGUUUGAAUGUGGGAUUGUGUGUUUUCGCCGUUGGUUAAACACAACCUUGUAAUAUUGGCCCUUCCAGUUUAACGACCUGUAAGCUAGGAUCAGUACCAGGUCCCAGUUUGAUGACCUGUUAGCUAGGUUCACUACCAGGUCCCAGUCUGAUGGCCUGUUUGCUAGGAUCAGUACCAGGUCCCAGUUUGAUGACCUGUUAGCUAAGAGCAGAACCAGGUCCCAGCUUGAUGACCUGUUAGCUAAGAGCAGAACCAGGUCCCAGCUUGAAGACCUGUUAGCUAGGAUCAGUACCAGGUCCCAGCUUGAUGACCUGUUAGCUAAGAGCAGAACCAGGUCCCAGCUUGAUGACAUGUUAGCUAAGAGCAGAACCAGGUCCCAGCUUGAAGACCUGUUAGCUAGGAUCAGUACCAGGUCCCAGUUUGAUGUCCUGUUAGCUAAGAGUAGAACCAGGUUCCUGUUUGAUGACCUAUUAGCUAAGAGCAGAACCAGGUCCCAGCUUGAAGACCUGUUAGCUAGGAUCAGUACCAGGUCCCAGUUUGAUGACCUGUUAGCUAGGAUCAGAACCAGGUCCCAGUUUGAUGACCUGUUAGCUAAGAGCAGAACCAGGUCCCAGCUUGAAGACCUGUUAGCUAGGAUCAGAACCAGGUCCCAGUUUGAUGACCUGUUAGCUAGGAUCAGUACCAGGUCCCAGCUUGAAGACCUGUUAGCUAAGAGCAGUACCAGGUCCCAGCUUGAUGACCUGUUAGCUAGGAUCAGUACCAGGUCCCAGUUUGAUGACCUGUUAGCUAGGAUCAGUACCAGGAGUUCUGUGAUGACAUUCUGUUCUGGCUAGCUUCUCACCACAUGGCUCCACAGAGUGAGAGUUUCACUAACAUGUCUCACAAAAGUCUGAAAUCUCUCCGACUGCAGCAGCAUUAACCCAAAAUAAAAUAUUUGACUGAUUUAAAGACAAUAAAAAAAGGUUAAAAAGAUUCUGAAAGGGUUAGGGGAUGAUGUGGAUUUGUAAAAUGUCUGAAUUCCGUUUUUUGUCAGGACUGUCUUUGUGAUGAAAACACAACUUUAAAUUGAUAAUUUUUUGAAUGGAGUUGGGUUUGACCACUUUUGAUGCCACAUCAGGACGUCAGGUGAAUCUAAAGGCUGACUGACAGACCGUAUCAAGAUUUAAAUGUCUAUAAUGAUCAUGUCACUUCACUUGUGUUGCCUGCUGAAAGUUGAUGUUUUUUACUUUUUUUCUAAUUGAUCUGCUUUUUCACGCUGCUUGAAACAUUUUGCUUUUCUUUUGGUCUGAACACGACUUUGGAGUCCAUCAGAGCUCUUUUUCUUCAUGCUGUUUGUACUUAAUAAUCCUGUUUUUAAAUAAAGCAAAAUCUCACGCA